GCGGUUUGUUUUCAAAUCCCGGACUCUCCCAGCCGCCGCCUCCUCGCCGCGGUGGUACGGCCGGGCCGCGAGGCCGCCAGGCUGCGGAGCCGAUCCAGAGUGGGUGCCCAGCGGCAGGGGCGGAGCCCAGAAACCACCAGCGAAAUGCCGGACGUCGAGGAGAAUCUGCCUUCAAAGGACCCUGGCGAUGCGGAGAGCAGGCCCUCCCAGCCUGAGACGUCAGAACCGACUCAGGAAGACAAGAGCGGCCCCCAGGACCCCCCUGCCCUUCUGACAGAGACAGUUAAUGAAGUUUCCAAGCUGAGCAACAAGAUUGGGAUGAAUCAUGAUUACCACAUGGAAGAGAAGAUUGUACCUCCAAGCAGUCUGGAAGGCAAGGUCAAGGAGACAAUGCAUAAUGCCUUUUGGGACCAUCUUAAAGAGCAACUAUCAGCAGCUCCCCCUGACUUCAGUUGUGCUCUUGAACUUCUGAAAGAAAUUAAAGAGAUCUUGCUAUCACUGCUGUUACCACGCCAGAACCGCCUAAGAACUGAGAUCGAAGAAGCUCUGGACAUGAACUUCCUCAAGCAGAAAGCAGAAGAUGGGACCCUGGAUGUCCCUUACCUCUCUAAGUACAUUCUCAAUAUGAUGACUUUGCUGUGUGCACCAGUUCGAGAUGAAGCAGUGCAGAAACUAGAACACGUUACAGACCCUGCUCAGUUACUGAGAGGGAUCUUCCAGGUUCUGGGCCUCAUGAAAAUGGACAUGGUGAACUACACUAUCCAGAGCCUUCAACCUCACCUGCAGGAACAUUCCAUCCAGUAUGAACGGGCCAAAUUCCAGGAACAACUCGAUGAGCAGCCUGGCCUCCUCAAUCACACCACCAAAUGGCUGACCAAAGCAGCAGCAGACCUCACCACACCACCUCCAACUUGUCCUGACAUGCCUGACUCCACCAGUGUGGCCGGCCCCUCUCCAAAUCAACCAGCCAACAACCCAGAGCCCCUCAGCCCCUCGAUGGUGCUGUCCCAGGGCUUCCUGAACCUCCUUCUCUGGGACCCUCAAAAUGAAGAGUUCCCUGAGACCCUGCUGAUGGACAGAACUCGGCUGCAGGAGCUGGAGUCCCAGCUGCACCAGUUAACUGUCCUGGCCUCAGUCUUGCUAGUGGCCAGUAGUUUCUCUGGCAGUGUUUUAUUUGGCUCACCCCAGUUUGUGGAUAAACUGAAACGCAUAACCAGAUCUCUGUUGGAGGAUUUUAACUCCAGGCCUGAAGAGGCUAUGCUGACUGUGAGUGAACAGGUAUCUCAGGAAAUCCAUCAAAGCCUCAAGAAUAUGGGCCUUGCUGCUCUGAGCAGUGACAAUACAGCAUCUCUGAUAGGACAGCUCCAAAACAUUGCCAAGAAGGAGAACUGUGUCCGCAGUGUCAUUGAUCAGCGAAUCCAUUUGUUUCUCAAAUGCUGUUUGGUUCUUGGUGUGCAGAGGUCUCUGUUAGACCUCCCUGGAGGCCUUACUCUCAUUGAGGCAGAGCUGGCGGAGCUGGGACAAAAAUUUGUCAACUUGACCCAUCACAAUCAGCAGGUGUUUGGCCCCUACUACACUGAGAUCCUAAAAACCCUGACCUCCCCAGCCCAGGCCCUGGAAACAAAAGUGGAGUCUCUCUAAUAGCACUGGCUCAGAGCCCUGGCACCUUGGACCCAGGAGAGAGGCCCAUCAUCAUCCUGGGGUAACAUCACCAGUGACCAGCAGAGCAAUGAAUCCCCACACCAACCUCCCAGCAGCCAGUACACCAGGGCUGUGGGGAUCAAGAUGUAAACACCAACUGGCCCACACCUAUCCACUAAUAAACUUCUGAAUUGCAAGAAAACCUCCAUUCUUCUUGUGAUGCAGCUGAGACCAAGCCCUGUGAGCUCAGCCCCCAACUAGCUGGGAAGUCAACAAGCCCUCAGUUUUCCUUUCUCUGGCUAUAUGCUCACUAGGACCUAACUGAUGGCUAUCCAGACAAUCUUUUGAAUAAUAAGAAAUUUACUAACCCACUAGUUUUUGGUCUUUGCUUUGUCCUUGAGAGCUAGAUAGUAGCCUCCUUAUCUAUAGGUGAGUGGGACAGCUUGGUAAAUAUCUCCCUUCAACAUGCAGAGCUGAGCAGCCAGGACACCCAGGUGCUAGCAUUAUUUUCUCUAAGGGUGGUGCAUUUCUCUGAGGGCUGUGAGAAUUCUGAAAUUAUCCAAAAUGUGAGUAUCAGGGCUUCUCUGGACGCCUUUGUUUUUGUCCAGGUCAGCUCGGGGAUAUGUUUUGUCCAAUUCAGCUCAGGGAAGAACAUGGUUGAAAGAAGUUAGAAAGCCCAUUUCCAGGACCACGUUCCCCUGAGGGUUUCAAAUGAUGCAACAAAAAGUCAGGAAUAGUAAGAGCAUCAGCCUUCUCUUCUCUGGGGCUGGGGCUGGACAGGAAUGGGUGCUGGCUGCAAGCAGGCAUACUGGUAAGGGUGAGUUUCAGAGUUCAUGGGCGCUUUCUCUCAAGUUGUCCAGAGUUCAGGCUUGGAUAGUUAUGUCACUGACUGCCUUGGGUCAGGUUUAUCCCUGGUCCUGUUCUCUAGCCAGUAAGUUUCCCAUUCCCUCAUCUCUAAAAGCUUAAAACACCCUGUGCGUCCUGACAGAGGUGACAUGGGCAAUCAGAGGUGGAGCAGCCUCCAUCCUUCCCACUUCCAGUUGUGGUUGUGAGCUCUCGUUGGCAUCACAAAUUAGAGAUGUUCUAGGAAAGACCUGGGUAUGUCUCCUGAGAUUGUAGAGAUCCAACCUAUCAUUUUCAGGCUGAGUGCAGCAGCCAGCCCCAACUAUUAUGGCUAAAAUGAGGGAAAUGUUCAAUUCAGAUUUAGAAAAUGGAAAUUCACUUAUGUGUUCUCAAGGCAAGGUGAAAAAAAACAAUGUUCUCACCAUUUCAAAAGAUGGAAGGAGCUGAGUAUAA